AUGGUGCACAGGGCUGCAGCCGCGCCUGCACCGCCUCCUGGAUCUCCGCCUCCACCACCUCCUCCGCCGGCCGCGUGGCUCGCGCCGUCGACGCCAACGCCCGCAGCCGAGGCCGCCGGCCCGCCCGGAUACUACCCUGUGCCGAUGCGCGCCGUCGUGAACAAGGAGGAGGCGCUCGCCUUUGUCUCCGCGCCGACCGGUGCCUCCGGAGUGGUCCGCCUUGGAGCCGGCAUGGAGGGCGCUGACGCCACCGCCACACCUCAGCAGGAGACGGCUGCGGGCUCGAGCAGCCGAGCCGCACGACGCUUCGGGCGUCUCUUCGGGCGCGCCGUCGCCGCCAUCGACCGUCGCCCCAGCCGCCGCCCCGGUUCGUGGGCUCCGACGAGCCUCGGACUCGCCAGUGCCGCACCAGGAACUGCUCGCCCAGAUCACGUCGUCGUCGACUCUUCUUCGGACGAGGAGGGGUCGUCGGUGCUACGCCGGUGA